AUGUCGUCCUGGAUGAAUUACCUCACCGGAAAGCGAUCCGUCGCCAAUUCGAGGGAGAAAGCUCGAGAUGCGAUUGUUGAUCUGAGGCAGAUGCUCAUCAUGCUCGAGAAGCAAGAAGAUCACCUCAACAAGAAGAUAGACGCCGAGCUGCAGAAAGCGAGAGCGAAUGCAACGACGAACAAGCGAGUCGCGACGGCAGCGCUCAGGCAGAAGAAGAUCUACGAGUCUGAUCUAGACAAGCUCGCUGGAAGGCGGCUCACCCUCGAGACUCAGGUCAAUGCUAUCGAGAGCGCCAACAUGAACAUGGAGACCAUGCGUGCCAUGCAAGAAGGUGCUAAUGUACUCAAGUCGAUCCACGGCAACUUGGACAUCAACCGAGUCGAUGCGACGAUGGACUCCAUCCGCGAGCAGAUGGAGCUGACCAACGAGAUCUCUGAUGCAAUCAGCAAUCCAGUCGGCAUGGGCACAGAGGUCGACGAAGAUGAGCUCAAGGCCGAGCUCGAGGAGCUCGAACAAGAGCAGCUCGACGAGAGGCUCGCCGGCGCAACCCGUGCACCUGCCAAUCGACUGGGCACUCUUGAUGCGGCUCCCUCCCUGCCAGCAGCGCCUGCCAAGAGUGCAGAGGAGAGCGAGAUCGAGCGAGAGCUGCGAGAGCUACAGGCCGAGAUGGCCAUGUGA